GAAAAAUCCCUCCCUUUUAUAUUUCCUCACCGGCACGGAAAAUCGUCAGUUCUUGAAUUCUUUCACACGUCCAUCCUCGAUCGGAAUCCGAAGGAAAUCAAAUGGCGAGAGACAUUGAAGACGAGAUCAGAGACGAGAAGAACCCUCGUCCCCUUGACGAAGACGACAUCGCUCUCCUCAAGACUUAUGGUUUAGGGCCUUACUCUGCUCCGAUAAAGAAAGCGGAGAAAGAAAUAAAGGAGCUUGCCAAGAAGAUCAAUGAUCUUUGUGGCAUCAAGGAAUCUGAUACCGGGUUAGCUCCUCCCAGUCAAUGGGAUCUCGUCUCAGAUAAGCAGAUGAUGCAAGAGGAGCAGCCCCUUCAGGUUGCAAGAUGCACAAAGAUAAUAAGUCCAAACACUGAAGACGCCAAGUAUGUGAUAAAUGUCAAGCAGAUUGCAAAGUUUGUUGUGGGUCUUGGUGAUAAAGUUUCACCCACUGACAUAGAAGAAGGCAUGCGUGUGGGAGUUGAUCGGAAUAAGUAUCAGAUACAGAUACCUCUGCCGCCAAAAAUUGAUCCUAGUGUGACCAUGAUGACUGUCGAAGAGAAACCUGAUGUGACUUACAAUGAUGUUGGUGGGUGCAAGGAGCAGAUCGAAAAGAUGCGAGAAGUUGUUGAGCUGCCAAUGCUUCAUCCUGAGAAAUUUGUGAAGCUUGGGAUUGACCCUCCAAAGGGUGUUCUUUGCUAUGGUCCUCCUGGAACUGGUAAAACCCUUCUGGCUAGAGCUGUGGCCAAUAGAACCGAUGCUUGCUUCAUUAGGGUUAUAGGUAGUGAGCUUGUUCAGAAGUAUGUUGGUGAAGGCGCCAGGAUGGUUCGAGAACUUUUUCAGAUGGCACGUUCCAAGAAAGCAUGUAUCGUGUUCUUUGAUGAAGUUGAUGCCAUUGGUGGUGCAAGAUUUGAUGAUGGCGUUGGCGGUGACAAUGAAGUUCAGCGUACAAUGCUUGAAAUUGUGAAUCAGCUUGACGGGUUUGAUGCUCGUGGAAACAUCAAGGUUCUUAUGGCAACGAACAGGCCCGACACACUAGACCCUGCCCUGUUACGUCCUGGCCGUCUUGAUCGUAAGGUAGAAUUUGGGCUUCCUGAUCUUGAAAGCAGGACACAGAUCUUCAAGAUUCAUACGAGGACCAUGAAUUGUGAGAGAGACAUCCGUUUUGAACUGCUUUCUCGGCUUUGUCCAAACUCCACCGGAGCGGAUAUAAGGAGUGUAUGCACAGAAGCUGGAAUGUAUGCGAUAAGGGCAAGGAGAAAGACGGUGACGGAGAAGGAUUUUCUGGAUGCAGUGAACAAGGUCAUAAAGGGUUAUCAGAAGUUCAGUGCAACUCCAAAGUAUAUGGUCUACAACUGAGUUCCAACUUCAUGGCAACUCUCGUGUUUCAUUUAUCUUGAUGUCUGAAGGAGUAUAGUCUGAUACCUUUUUUUUUUUAAUUUAUGAAUCUAUCAUCUUCGGCAAAAGAAAAGAUUCAUAUCCCUUUUCUUGGAAAUCAAUCUAAUAUACGCUGGACUUGUUUUGCACAA